ACAAUGACUAAUAAUCCCGACAGUUCAUUCACUCGACCUACAGGCAAUGGAAUUAGUGAAUCGAUGCCAUUCACGUUAUUUCUUUAUUCUCGUGACUGUAAAUGUAUAGCCAUUCUGAAUUCCACACAAGGCUCACGCGUCCCUUCGGUCCGCGUUCGCAGCCAGGAUAAGUGUUAUAAUAAUUUUUGUUUACUUCGAAGCGAAAACUAAUAUUACCACGAUAAUCAGCGCAUUCGAUUACCUACGUGUCGACAUUUUUUAUUUAAAAAGAGCCAAAGUUGGCGAAAAAUCAGCCGAUUUUGAAACGCUUAUAACUUGGCGAGGAAGCAAAAUUUUCAGAGUUGCUUAGAUACCAUUCGAAAGAAGACCUCGACAAACCCAGUGAAAAAACUAAGAAAAAUUUUCCACCGCAAAAAAAGGCUAGUUUUGUAAAAUUUCGCUAAUUUUAUUUUUAUGUGACUAUGUAGCUAAGCGUUUACAUCGUGAUCACCAAUUAUUAUAUCAGCUUAUCAAUCAUUAUUUUGAACAUAGGGAAGUCAUUGAUAUUGACAGUGCUAAUCGUGGUCGUGGUUCACCUACAUAUGUGCACACUUCUAUCAUCUCUCUCUGGAACAUAUUGCAUCUAUUGGUGAAUUCAUUAUCACAGCACAACAAGGCACUGGUAGUACAGCAACAUCUAUUGCCCAACAUCUCAAAUCAACUUUCAUAUACAUCACGCCACCUUAGUUUAUCCAUUACAUCGGUUAGUUUAUCAAUUUGGUCGUGGUCAUGUCAUUAGUGGGAAUCCACAAGAUAAAACUCCACGCAUAAGACAAUUUAUUAUUGACUAUGCUAAUGCAUUCAAAUCAGAAGCGAACGGUGAUAAUGUUAUUGUUUAUAUGAAUGAAUCUUAUGUCAAUACAAGACAUGCAUUAAAUGGUACUUGGUAUGAUGCAACUACACCUAUUGGUAAUAAGGUAAUACGCGGGACCGGGAAGAGAGCUAGGCUAAUUAUUGUGCAUGCUAUGACUCAACAUGGUUUAUUACAUCAUACGCAUAGAGAAGGUGCUACUCGGGUUCAGAAAACACCAGAAAUGAUAUGGACUGCUGGUAAAGCAAAUGGUGAUUAUCAUAAAAACAUGGAUAGUGUAACUUUUCUUUUAUGGUUGGAUAAGUAUUUAUUUCCUACAUUACAACUCCUCUUUUCUAAGAAAAUGAUUUUGGUGUUAGAUAACGCCUCAUAUCAUAAUGCACGUGGACCAGAUUAUAUUGAUCCUAAUAAAAAAAUGAAUAAGUCAGAAGUGAUUGAAAAACUAUUAUUAUAUAAUAUUCACAAUGUUGAAGUAGAAAGAGAAGGAAAGGUACGAAUGGAUAGUAGUACAUACAAUAAACGUGGUGGUAGUAAAGCUCCAACAUUAUCUGAAUUGCGAACUGCAUUAGCAAAUCAUUCACAAAAUAUUGGCUAUAUAGUUUCCACUGAUUAUUUGGACGAAAAGCAAUGA